GAAAGGAAGGUGUGCUGGAGUCAUUCAGUGAUGACGGACACGAGUUCUCUUUCCUGUUAAUCAAAUGAAUCGCUGUAAGGACAGGACGGUUCAAAAGGCAAACCGUGCAACAUUUAUUCGGAUAAAUACCAAACGGAACGCCUCAGUAUCAUCUAACAGGUCAGUUUAACCUUAUUUGCUUGUUACUAUACAUAAUAUAGUCGGUGACGUGUGUAUCUAUUCUCUUAAUAUUAGUUUUAUCCCCUUUUAGACACACAGAAAUACAGGAACAGGUUUUGCUCACUGGAAUCUGAAACAUGUCUUUUAUGGUAUAAGGACCCCUGCAUGAUCAGCACUAAUGAAACUCUGGAUGGUUGAGUCAAAACUGUGUGCAGAGUAGUCAAUUGAACUUUGUUUUGAUGGAUGGAGGACUGAUGCUACUACGAGAUGUUUCUCUGAUUGGCAUGCCAGUAUAACUGGACACUGGAAUGCAGGACAGUGUUUUGUGUAAUGAAAUAUGAAUGUUUCACAGUCAACGUUACCUGAGGCGUCUCUAAGAUGGAGUGUUUGAACACUUUUUAAUGAUGCAGUGAGAUAUCAGAUGCACAGGAUAAUGGCAGUGUUGGAUUUGAACUUGACGACAGUCAUUGACAGCGGAUUCAUGGAAAGGGACCGCUCCAUGCGGGUUCUGACCGGUUGCUUUCUGUCUGUUCUAAUCCUCUCCACUUUGCUCGGGAACACACUGGUUUGUGCAGCUGUCACAAAGUUUCGCCACCUGCGCUCUAAAGUCACCAACUUUUUUGUCAUCUCGCUGGCCGUGUCAGAUCUGCUGGUGGCUGUUCUGGUCAUGCCCUGGAAGGCUGUGACAGAGGUUGCAGGCUUCUGGCCCUUUGGUGCGUUUUGUGACAUUUGGGUGGCUUUCGAUAUCAUGUGCUCCACGGCGUCUAUCCUGAACCUCUGUGUUAUUAGCGUGGACCGAUACUGGGCCAUUUCCAGCCCGUUCCGCUAUGAGAGGAAGAUGACUCCUAGAGUGGCCUUUGUGAUGAUCAGCGGGGCUUGGACUCUAUCCGUUCUCAUCUCCUUCAUCCCGGUGCAGCUCAAAUGGCACAAGGCUCAGCCGAUAGGCUUUCUGGAGGUCAAUGCAUCUCGCAGGGCUCUGCCGACGGACAACUGCGACUCCAGCCUCAACCGAACAUAUGCCAUUUCGUCCUCCCUCAUCAGCUUCUACAUUCCCGUCGCCAUCAUGAUCGUAACAUACACUCAGAUUUACCGGAUCGCCCAGAAGCAGAUCCGACGUAUCUCAGCUCUGGAAAGGGCCGCGGAGAGCGCCAAGAUCCGCCACGACAGCAUGGGCAGCGGCUCCAACAUGGAUUUGGAAAGCUCCUUCAAACUGUCCUUCAAAAGAGAGACGAAAGUCUUAAAAACGCUGUCUGUUAUAAUGGGGGUUUUCGUGUGCUGCUGGUUGCCCUUCUUCAUCUUGAACUGCAUUGUGCCAUUUUGUAAGCACACAUCGAACAGUCUCCCCUGCAUCAGUCCAACAACCUUUGAUGUUUUUGUCUGGUUCGGAUGGGCCAAUUCGUCUCUCAACCCAAUCAUAUAUGCCUUCAAUGCCGACUUUCGCAGAGCUUUUGCCAUCCUUUUGGGAUGCCAGAGAUUCUGUCCGGGAAGCAUUAGCAUGGAAACACCUAGUCUGAACAAGAACUGAAAAGCAAUGUCACACCAAUCCUUUGCCAAGGAAAGCAGGGGGGAAACUGAUUUGGGAUUAAGACUCUGGGAAGAGAGCCCUCCCGCUGUGCUGGAGAGCAGGGGAAGCAGUUGCAACAUCCCAUAAAUGAAGCUAAUCUCUAUAAAAAGCUAUACGUCCCCAAAGAAUGACACAAGUGUGUUCC